AUCGAUGGGCAUUUGCCAACCCUGGAAACAGCAGUGGAAAAACAGCAGAUUUUAGUUUUAAACUAUAAUAAACUACACGACCUGCACUGCAUUCAUGCAGAAACAUGAAAAUUUGUGCAAAUAAUAGUGACAAAGGGAAAUAAUUUCCAUCAACAAAUUGCAGUUGCGACGGCAAAUUCAACUGCAAAAAAUUCUAUACGGCGUGGCGACGUAAAAAAAAUACAAAAAAAAAACACAAAAAACGAGCACGCGCAGGCUAGUCAUAUCAGCUGCUGCUGCUGCUGGGCUCCACGAAGUGGCACCGCCGACACCGACAGCAACCCAAACCUCUAUAAAAGGCUCCUAAAAAAAAGAGGAAAGAGGAAAAAGAUUGCUGAAAACCCGAGUGCCCGAACCCAAAGUACAAGUCCUUGCAAGCAGCCGUUAAACAGUUAAAUGAAGCUGCAAGCAUAUUAAUAUACACAGUAAAACGAAAAGACUGCAGCUACAACAAAAUUUCUUGUUGAAAGAAGAAGACCGAGAAGGAAAUAAGAGUGUUCACCCACUCUCUCUCCAUCUUAAUCUCUCUUUCUUAUUCUAUCUUUGUGUUUAUUUAGUUUUUUUUUUUUUUUGACUGACGCUUUCUGGAGUUAUCUUUGAAUUAUUAUCAAACACACAUCACAACAAAGUCAUGCCACGGGGUAAACGUCGAGCUCCUGAAAUCGGUGACAAUAUGGACAGUCAAUCAAAGAGAGCCCGCACCAGCUAUACAAACAUACCGACACAACAAGGCAGCAGACGCCAUAUCAGAGCAGAAGAUGGCUUUAGCCAGAAACGUUGUCUGACAUGGUUCCAGGAGUAUACAACACCAGAUGAACCGGAAACAUUGGGACCCGAUGGCAUGGAGAAAUUCUGUGAGGAUGUUGGCGUCGAGCCCGAAAAUAUUGUGAUGCUGGUUCUCGCCUAUAAAAUGGGUGCCACCCAAAUGGGAUUUUUCAGUCAGCGUGAAUGGUUAAAGGGUCUCACAGAGCUCGAGUGUGACUCGGCAGCGAAAAUGGUUGUGAAACUGGACUAUCUGCGCAGCAUACUCAACGAUCCCAACUCAUUUAAAAGUAUCUACAGAUAUGCCUACGAUUUUGCCAAGGAUUCAGAUCAACGUAGUAUGGAUAUUAUGACGGCCAAGGCCAUGCUGCAGUUGCUAUUGGGUAAACAUUGGCCAUUGUAUCCACAAUUCGCCCAAUUCCUAGAGCAAUCAAAGUACAAGGUAAUUAAUAAGGAUCAGUGGUGUAAUAUAUUGGAAUUCUCUCGCACUAUUUGCAAUGAUUUAUCAAAUUACGAUAUCGAUGGAGCAUGGCCUGUCAUGCUGGAUGAAUUUGUGGAAUGGCAGCGCUUGCAGCGAAGCUUGACCAUUGCCAGUUCAAGCUCUAGCUGAGAGUUUCUGCAUCGAGUCGCCUAUUUCUAGUUCAACAUUAAAAAGAGCUCAGUUGGGCUCUAACCAUGAUGAUUAUAAUUAUUCGAUGAUCGAGACCCGAAAAACCAAACCCCCGAUACCGAGACCAGCGGAUCUAAGACACAAACACACCACACCACACCUCACACACGCCACAUCCACCCACCCUAUAGCCCCACACUAACCCCUCUCGCCACCAAUCAUCAGAACACACACACACAAAAAAACAACAAAAAAAAACAAAUACAGAGAAUCAUCGCAUUUGGAGAGACUGCGUCGCAAACUGGCAAAGCAAAAUAAAAACCAACUAUAUAAAAACAAGAAAUAAAAGAAAAAACAAAAUGCUACACUAUUGAUAAUAUAUUUAAUGUAAUAAUUUAUAUAUUAACUAAAACUAAACAAAAAACAAAACUAAAAAAAAACAACAAAAAAAAAC